AUUUUAUUUUUUUAAUUAAAAUAAUGAGUACUUAAAUAUAAAUAACAUAUACAAAAAAUAAAAAGGGAAGCGUAGGAAAAAAGGUUAAAGAAAUAUAUUUGAGAGACGAUAUUCCUUGUGGAUUAUUUAAUUGCAAUUUAUGUGUUACAUAAUCUAAUACAUUAAAUCUAGAAGGUGAUGAAAAAUAUAUUUAUAUAUUAGACGAAUAUACAGUUUUAAAUUAAAUUGAUGUAAUUUAAAAUUGUCCAAAACUAGUAAAUGUAGUAAUAAUGUAAACAAUAGUCUAAAACAUAAAAUAAAAAAAUGUUAAUACAUACAAUAAUCUGAGAAAUCUCGUAGAAUCUGAAAUAUAUAGAAAAAUUCAUAUAUUCGCAAAUGAAUAUAGCAAAGAUACAUAUACAUAAAUUUAACCUAAUGAAACAUAAGAAUAAAGAAACUAAAGAGCAAUAUUCAAUUCAGUAUUAUGGUAUUAAAGUCAUUUAAAAAAUGGAAAUAAUAUUAAUGUUAUGUUCAUAACAAAUAAUUAUAGUUAAUAUAUAAUUGCAUAAUAAUAAGGAAUUAAUACCAUUACAAUUUUUGAUUACUUAAAAUAAUAAGCUAAAGAAUUUCCUAAUUUAAUGGAUUUUAUGGGUCUAAUCGAAAAUUAAAACUAAGAAAUGGAUUUAGAAGAUUAAUAGGGCGAAUGUUUAUUUGAAGAACAUUUAAAUUAAAGCGAAUUAAUUGAAAGAGUAAAAUCUGGCGAUUUAUUUUAAGGAAAGAUGAGAAUAGAUCGAAAUAAUGUAAAUUAAGGGAGUAUAUAUAUAAAUAAAUUAGAUAUAGAAAUUAUUGUUUUUGAAUAAAAAAAUUUAAAUAGAAGUUUAAAUGGAGAUAUUGUUGUAGUAGAAAUACUUCCAGAAAAUUAAUGGGUUAAAUAAAAAUAUAUGUAAGAUUUAAAAGAAUUAGAUGAAAAUACAAAAGAAGACGAAAUAUAAUAAAAAAUAAAAAUAAAAAACGAGGAAAAAUACCUUAACAUUAUACAAAAAAUAAAAUUUUUAAAUUUAAUUCCAUAAGGAAAAGUAAAAGGAAUUAUAAAAAGAGUCCAAAGAUUUUUUUGUGGAUAAAUAAAUAAUGAAAACAUUGAUUAAUUAAAUAUUUCUAAUAAUAUUUUUAUUAGAGAAUUUAUUCCAGUAGACUCACGAUAUCCAAAUUUUUAUAUAAAAACUACAAAUCCUUAAAAUCUUGAAGAUAAAAGAAUUUAAAUAGUAUUCGAUAACUGGCCAAAAAACAGUAAAUAUCCUUUUGGUCAUUUUAAGAUGUUAAUAGGUCCAUCUGGUGAUAUUCAUACUGAAGGUGAUGUUAUUCUUCUCGAACAUGGUGUUGAAUACCGUUAAUUUUCUAAACAAGUCCUCGAUUGUUUACCCCAAGAAGGCUCAAAUUGGAAAAUCCCCUAAUCUGAAUUUUCAAAGCGAGUUGAUUUAAGGCAUUUAAAAGUAUGUAGUAUUGAUCCUAUAGGAUGUAAAGAUAUAGACGAUGCGCUUCAUUGUAUAAAACUACCAAGCGGAAACUACGAAGUAGGUGUUCAUAUAGCUGAUGUGAGUCAUUUUGUAAAAGCAAACAGUCCAAUAGAUAAGGAAGCAUAAAAUAGAUGUACUACAGUCUAUUUAGUAGACCGUCGUACAGAUAUGUUGCCUAAAUUAUUAACUGAAACACUUUGUUCAUUAAAAGAUGAUGGCGAAAGACUAUCUUUUUCUGUAGUCUGGGAAAUUGACCCUGAAGGUAAUAUAAUAUAGACUAGAUAUCAUAAAUCAGUUAUCCAUUCAGUUGCUUCUUUGAAUUAUUAAUAAGCUUAAAAUAUGAUUGAUAAUAAAAAUGAUAAUACAGAAUUAACUAAUUCCAUUAGAUAUUUAAAUUUAUUAGCUAAAAAACUAAAGGCUAAAAGAAUAUAAAAUGGUGCUCUUUCAUUAGCCUCUACUUAAGUAAAAUUUAGCUUCGAUGAUGAAACACAUAAUCCAAUUGAUGUUUCAUUUUAUUAAAUGUAUGAUACAAAUUCUUUAAUUGAGGAAUUUAUGCUUUUAGCUAAUGUAUCUGUGGCUUAAAAAAUAAUUGAUCAUUUUCCUUCUAUUUCGAUAUUGAGGUAGCAUUAAUAACCUAAAUAAAAAUAAAUUAAAGAAUUAGCUUCUAUUUUAUCUAAAAUUGGAUAUAAUUUAGAUUUCUCUUCUAAUAAAAAUCUCGCUCACUCUCUAGAUUAAAUCAAUAGGGACAAUGAUUCUUUUUUUAAUAAACUUAUUAGAAUAAUGACAACUAGAGCAAUGAAUGAAGCUGUUUAUUUAUGUACUGCAGAUGCUGAUUAUACAGAUUUUUACCAUUAUGGGCUUGCAGCACCUUUAUAUACCCAUUUUACAUCACCUAUUAGAAGAUAUGCAGAUAUUUUAGUACAUAGAUUAUUAGCAGCAGCUAUUGAUUUAGAAGGAAUACCAGCCUUUAUGUCUAAUAAACUUAAAAUGAGCAAGAUUUGUGAAAAAAUGAAUAUGAGAAAUAGAAAUGCUAGAUUUGCAUCAAGAGCUAGUUCAGAUUAUAAUACCUAUUUAUUUUUCAAAGAUAAAUAAGUAGAAGAAAUAGGUAUGGUAUCUAGUAUUAAUUAAAAGGGAUUUAUUGUUAUUAUACCGAGAUAUGGUUUAGAGGGACAAAUUUAAUUUAACGAAUAAGAUUUAGAUGAUAAUGAAAAAUUAUUAUAGGAAUUAUUAUAAAAAGAAGAUUUAAUUAUUGAUUUUAUAACUAAUAGAAAUAGACAUAAACUUUUUGAUUAUAUUAAAGUUAGAAUUAGUAUAGGAAUGAAAAAUUUUCAUAAAUAAAUAAAAUUAGAAUAUUUAGGAAGAACUAAUAAAUGA